UGCCACGACCGGAGCCGAGCGGCGGCCCCCGCCGGGCCGAGCGCGCUGACGGAGCCGCCGUAGGUGAGGGGCCCGCGUCCCCGCCCGCCGUGGGCGCCGCGCCCGGCACGGAUCCCGCCCGCCGCCCGCCGCCGCCGCCGUCGCCGCCGCCGCCGCCCGCGGGCAUCAUGACCGCUCUGAGCGCUGGGGUUACAGACUGUUGUUUGGUACCUGCGCCCCAAAGCUAACUUCAGCAUGCUCAAAAGGAAGCAGAGCUCCAGGGUGGAAGCCCAGCCAGUUACCGACUUUGGUCCUGACGAAUCUCUGUCAGACAACGCCGACAUCCUCUGGAUUAACAAGCCAUGGGUCCACUCUCUGCUGCGCAUCUGUGCCAUCAUCAGCGUCAUCUCUGUGUGUAUGAACACACCAAUGACCUUCGAGCACUACCCUCCUCUCCAGUAUGUGACCUUUACUCUGGAUACUUUGUUGAUGUUCCUGUACACGGCAGAGAUGAUAGCAAAGAUGCACAUCCGUGGUAUUGUCAAGGGGGAUAAUUCCUAUGUGAAAGAUCGCUGGUGUGUUUUUGAUGGAUUUAUGGUCUUUUGCCUUUGGGUUUCGCUGGUGUUACAGGUGUUUGAAAUUGCUGAUAUAGUUGAUCAGAUGUCACCUUGGGGCAUGUUGAGGAUCCCACGGCCACUAAUUAUGAUCCGGGCAUUCCGGAUUUAUUUCCGAUUUGAACUGCCAAGGACCCGGAUUACAAAUAUUUUAAAGCGAUCAGGAGAACAAAUAUGGAGCGUUUCAAUUUUCCUACUUUUCUUUCUACUUCUUUAUGGAAUUUUGGGAGUUCAGAUGUUUGGAACAUUUACCUAUCACUGUGUAGUGAAUGACACAAAGCCAGGGAAUGUAACCUGGAAUAGCUUAGCUAUCCCAGAUACACACUGCUCACCAGAGCUAGAAGAAGGCUACCAGUGCCCACCUGGAUUUAAAUGCAUGGACCUGGAAGAUCUGGGACUUAGCAGGCAAGAGCUGGGCUACAGUGGCUUUAACGAGAUAGGCACCAGCAUCUUCACGGUCUAUGAGGCUGCCUCUCAGGAGGGCUGGGUGUUCCUCAUGUACAGAGCCAUCGACAGCUUCCCCCGCUGGCGUUCCUACUUCUAUUUCAUCACCCUGAUUUUCUUCCUUGCCUGGCUUGUUAAGAAUGUCUUUAUCGCCGUCAUCAUUGAAACAUUUGCAGAAAUCAGAGUUCAGUUUCAGCAAAUGUGGGGAUCAAGAAGCAGCACGACCUCCACAGCCACCACACAGAUGUUCCACGAAGAUGCUGCUGGUGGUUGGCAGCUGGUAGCUGUGGAUGUCAACAAGCCCCAGGGACGUGCCCCAGCCUGCCUUCAGAAAAUGAUGCGGUCKUCGGUUUUCCACAUGUUCAUCCUGAGCAUGGUGACUGUGGAUGUCAUCGUCGCAGCCAGCAACUACUACAAAGGCGAGAACUUCAGAAGCCAAUACGACGAGUUCUACCUUGCAGAGGUGGCUUUUACAGUUCUUUUUGAUUUGGAAGCUCUUCUGAAGAUAUGGUGUCUGGGGUUCACUGGAUAUAUUAGCUCAUCUCUCCACAAAUUUGAGCUAUUACUUGUCGUUGGAACUACUCUUCAUGUGUACCCGGAUCUUUAUCAUUCUCAAUUCACAUACUUUCAGGUUCUUCGGGUAGUUCGGCUUAUUAAGAUUUCUCCUGCAUUAGAAGACUUUGUGUACAAGAUUUUCGGUCCUGGAAAAAAGCUCGGGAGUUUGGUUGUGUUCACUGCCAGCCUCUUGAUCGUUAUGUCGGCAAUUAGUUUGCAAAUGUUCUGCUUUGUUGAAGAACUGGACAGAUUUACAACGUUUCCAAGGGCAUUUAUGUCCAUGUUCCAGAUCCUCACCCAGGAAGGAUGGGUGGACGUCAUGGACCAAACUCUAAAUGCUGUGGGACACAUGUGGGCACCCGUGGUGGCCAUCUAUUUCAUUCUCUACCAUCUCUUUGCUACUCUGAUCCUCCUGAGUUUGUUUGUUGCUGUUAUUUUGGACAACUUAGAACUUGAUGAAGAUCUAAAGAAGCUUAAACAAUUAAAACAAAGUGAAGCAAAUGCAGACACCAAAGAAAAGCUCCCUUUGCGCCUGCGAAUCUUUGAAAAGUUUCCAAACAGACCGCAAAUGGUGAAAAUCUCAAAACUUCCUUCAGAUUUUACAGUUCCUAAAAUCAGGGAAAGUUUUAUGAAGCAGUUUAUUGAUCGCCAGCAACAGGAUACUUGCUGUCUCUUCAGAAUCCUCCCCUCGGCCUCUUCUUCAUCCUGUGAUCACUCCAAACGGUCAGCCAUUGAAGACAACAAGUACAUUGAUCAAAAACUUCGCAAGUCUGUUUUCAGCAUCAGAGCAAGGAACCUUCUGGAAAAGGAGACUGCGGUCACUAAAAUCUUAAGAGCUUGCACUCGACAGCGCAUGCUGAGUGGAUCAUUCGAGGGGCAACCGGCAAAGGAAAGGUCGAUUCUCAGCGUGCAGCAUCACAUCCGCCAAGAGCGCAGGUCACUAAGACAUGGAUCGAACAGCCAGAGGAUCAGCAGGGGGAAGUCUCUUGAAACCUUGACUCAAGAUCACUCCAAUACAGUGAGAUACAGAAAUGCACAAAGAGAAGACAGCGAAAUAAAGAUGAUUCAGGAAAAAAAGGAGCAAGCGGAGAUGAAAAGGAAAGUGCAGGAAGAGGAGCUGAGAGAGAACCACCCGUACUUCGACAAGCCGCUGUUCAUCGUGGGGCGCGAGCACAGGUUCAGGAACCUGUGCCGCGUGGUGGUCCGCGCCCGCUUCAACGCAUCCAAAACCGACCCUGUCACAGGAGCUGUGAAAAACACAAAGUACCACCAACUUUAUGAUUUGCUGGGACUGGUCACUUACCUGGACUGGGUCAUGAUCAUCGUAACCAUCUGCUCUUGCAUUUCCAUGAUGUUCGAAUCUCCCUUUCGAAGGGUCAUGCACGCACCUACUUUGCAGAUUGCCGAGUAUGUAUUUGUGAUAUUCAUGAGCAUUGAGCUUAAUCUGAAGAUUAUGGCAGAUGGCUUGUUUUUCACUCCAACUGCUGUCAUCAGGGACUUUGGUGGUGUAAUGGACAUAUUUAUUUAUCUCGUGAGCUUGAUAUUUCUUUGUUGGAUGCCUCAAAAUGUGCCUGCUGAGUCAGGAGCUCAGCUGCUAAUGGUUCUUCGGUGCCUGAGGCCUCUGCGGAUAUUCAAACUGGUGCCCCAGAUGAGGAAAGUUGUUCGAGAGCUUUUCAGCGGCUUCAAGGAAAUCUUCUUGGUCUCCAUACUCUUGCUGACAUUAAUGCUUGUUUUUGCAAGCUUUGGAGUUCAGCUUUUUGCUGGAAAGCUAGCCAAGUGCAACGAUCCCAACAUUAUCAGAAGGGAGGAUUGUAACGGCAUAUUCAGAAUCAAUGUAAGCGUGUCCAAGAACUUAAAUUUAAAAUUGAGACCUGGAGAGAAAAAACCUGGAUUCUGGGUGCCCCGUGUUUGGGCAAAUCCUCGGAACUUUAAUUUCGACAAUGUGGGGAAUGCUAUGCUGGCAUUGUUUGAAGUUCUCUCCUUGAAAGGCUGGGUAGAAGUGAGGGACGUUAUUAUUCAUCGCGUGGGGCCGAUCCAUGGAAUCUAUAUUCAUGUUUUUGUUUUCCUGGGUUGCAUGAUUGGACUGACACUUUUUGUUGGAGUAGUUAUUGCUAAUUUUAAUGAAAACAAGGGGACGGCUCUGCUGACUGUAGAUCAGAGGAGAUGGGAAGAUCUCAAGAGCAGACUGAAGAUCGCGCAGCCGCUUCAUCUCCCACCCCGCCCGGAUAAUGAUGGUUUUAGAGCUAAAAUGUAUGACAUAACCCAGCACCCRUUUUUUAAGAGGACAAUUGCGUUACUUGUUCUGGCCCAGUCCGUGCUGCUGUCUGUCAAGUGGGACGUGGAGGAUCCCGUGACCGUCCCUUUGGCAACAAUGUCGGUUGUGUUCACCUUCAUCUUUGUGCUGGAGGUUACAAUGAAGAUCAUAGCCAUGUCACCUGCAGGCUUCUGGCAGAGCAGGAGAAAUCGAUACGACCUCCUGGUGACGUCCCUCGGAGUGGUGUGGGUGGUGCUCCACUUUGCCCUCCUGAACGCCUAUACCUACAUGAUGGGUGCCUGCGUCAUCGUCUUCAGGUUUUUCUCCAUCUGCGGAAAGCAUGUGACUCUGAAGAUGCUGCUCCUGACAGUGGUGGUCAGCAUGUACAAAAGCUUCUUCAUCAUYGUGGGGAUGUUCCUCCUGCUACUCUGCUACGCCUUUGCCGGCGUCGUUCUGUUUGGUACCGUGAAAUAUGGAGAGAACAUUAACAGGCAUGCGAAUUUUUCUUCAGCUGGCAAAGCUAUUACUGUACUAUUCCGAAUUGUCACAGGUGAAGACUGGAACAAAAUCAUGCAUGAUUGUAUGGUUCAGCCCCCAUUUUGCACUCCAGAUGAGUUCACCUACUGGGCGACGGACUGUGGGAAUUAUGCGGGAGCACUUAUGUACUUCUGUUCAUUUUAUGUCAUCAUCGCCUACAUCAUGCUAAACCUGCUUGUAGCUAUAAUUGUAGAGAACUUCUCCUUGUUUUAUUCCACCGAGGAGGAUCAGCUUCUGAGUUAUAAUGAUCUUCGCCACUUUCAAAUCAUAUGGAAUAUGGUGGAUGAUAAAAGGGAGGGCGUGAUCCCCACGUUCCGCGUGAAGUUCCUGCUGCGGCUGCUGCGCGGGAGGCUGGAGGUGGACCUUGACAAGGACAAGCUCCUGUUUAAGCACAUGUGCUACGAGAUGGAGCGGCUGCACAACGGUGGCGACGUCACUUUCCACGACGUCCUGAGCAUGCUGUCCUACCGCUCAGUGGACAUCCGCAAGAGCCUGCAGCUGGAGGAGCUCCUGGCGCGGGAGCAGCUGGAGUACACCAUCGAGGAGGAGGUGGCCAAGCAGACCAUCCGCAUGUGGCUGAAGAAGUGUCUCAAGCGCAUCCGGGCUAAACAGCAGCAGUCCUGCAGCAUCAUCCACAGCCUGAGAGAGAGCCAGCAGCAAGAGCUGAGCCGCUUCCUGAACCCUCCCAGCAUCGAGACCACCCAGCCAAGUGAGGACACCACUGCCAACAGCCAGGAUCCUAACAUGCCACCCAAGACGAGCAGCCAGCAGCAGCUCCUGAGCCCCACUCUGUCCGAUAGAGGAGGAAGUCGGCAGGAUGCAUCAGAGGCUGAGAAGCCGCAGAGGAAGGUUGGGCAGUGGUGUCGGCCCUCUGACCCCAGUCUACCAAGCCAGCCACCACCUGCUGUCACCUUCCCGUGUGGAGAGAGGAUCAAAAUGAAAUCUGUGGUGUGCAAGAUGAAUCCUGUGACGGACGCAGCCUCCUGUGGCUCUGAGGUGAAGAAAUGGUGGACGAGGCAGCUGACGGUAGAGAGUGACGAGAGCGGAGAUGACCUUCUGGAUGUCUAG